UCCCUGCUGCCGUCUAUUGAACAAAAUCCGGUACUGCAGGCGCUGCUCUGCGCAGGCGCGGUGGUGCCGAGGCUCUCGCGCUGCGCACGGACGGCAGAACCGCGCAGCCGCCGAAUCAAGAUGACGACGGCAGCCCCGCUGAUCGGCAUUACGCAGCUCUGGGUGAAUGUGACCACAAGGUCUCAAGAACUGAGUCUCUAUCAAAGUUCUGGAGCAAUAGUUGCUGCCAUUGUAGUAGGAGUAAUUAUUGUUUUUACAGUGGUUCUGCUCAUACUGAAGGCGUAUAACAGACACAUGAGAGGGAAGCGGGAGCUGGAGCCCAAAAGCAGCAAAACAGCAAUGCCUCCUUUAGGGCAGAACAGCAGCAGCAUUACUCAGCAUUGCACAGUGACUUCCAUACCUAUCCACAUGCAGAGCAGAUAACUGUGAACGCAUCCCUCCCUUUGGAGUUCUUACCACGUGGAGAUGGGACUGCUCUCAACAGUGGUACUGCAUUUGGAAUGGUGAUCAGCUCUUAGUUUGUUCUCUGUAUCGUCAUUUGUCCUGCUUUUUCUCUCGGGAAGGAAAACUGGAAGAUCUGAACACUUUCCGUGUGAUGAGAAUCAAGAGGUGAAGAGGUACAAAGCAUCCGAAACGCGAGGAGCCCUCCUUCACAGCUUUGGGUGUGGGAAGAUCAAAGAAGCCAAGCUAUUCAUUUGGAAAAGCCACACACACUGAUUUUGUAGAGCUUUUGCUUACUCAGAGUUUAAGCUUUUUCUAUCCUGCUAUGACUGAUGAUAAAUGGAAGGAAAAAUUGGACAUGCAAGCUGCAUGCAACUCAGGUUGUGCUUUGUUAAGGUUCGGGUGGAACAGGUUUGUAGUUUGUUCUACACGGCAGAUAGUGUGGGAAGUAGGAAAACCAUAUUUAUCUUUAGUCAUGUUUCUAAUACCACGUUUGUAUGGUUGUAGACAGAAAAGAAUGACUUUUUAUCAAGUAUAUAUUGAGAUAUUUCUAAUAACUCGGUAACCUGCUCGUUUCCCAGUGAACCAAAUGUCUGAGGAUUUUUACUCUCCUGCCAAAAUCACCCUGGGUUCGUUACUGCCGUUGCAGUGCUUUCGCUAUCUUGAAAUCUGAGAAGUUCUUUAACUUAAGUAAACAUGAGAAGGCAGCAUAAAGCAAGCAAGGCAUCAUGCACUGCUUUUCUGCAACCUGAAAGGGUUUGUUCUCUGUUGCUGACUAGGCUUGAAAUAUCGUGAACAUUGAUUUAUCAUUUUUUUUUGUUAUAGAAAGUCACUGAAUGCGGUGAUGUUUUCCAAGUGCGCCGACUGUGGGUGUACAGCAAUGCACCAAAGACAUUCCCAGGGGUGUUUCACAGCCCACUGAUGUGAGCACACAGCAGCAUUGUGCGGAUGCUCUGCGGCUCGUUGUUUAAGGCGUGCAUGGAAAAGCAUUCGCACAGCUGGUGGAUGGGGAAGGUAGCGAGGAUUAGGAAGAAGAUGAGUUAAACUCUGUUUUAAACAGAGCCGUGCAAAGCCGUGAGAGGCAUCUCCGCUUUUAAAUCCGAUGGAGUCGCUCACUGGGGUGGCUGCAGUGGCACAGCCUGCAUUCGGUGCGAUUUGUUGUGUGUGGGAUGGGAGCUGCAAGCUCCUGCGACCAUUAGAGGGCCCCAGUCUGUACAGACCUUAUUAAAUAACUGUGGGGUAUUUAAACUCUUCGGGAGCUGUAGGGAAGGAAGUCAGUAAUCGGUCAGAGAAAGCACAGCUUUCCUCGUUCUGCAGCAGCUCCUUUGCUGUUCUUACUGCUGCCGUUGUCUGAUCAGUUUGUAUCCUUAAAUCAAACCAAAGCUGACACUUCUCAGAGCAAUAAAGUGAUAACUGACAGAAGGGAGAUGCUAUCGCUAACUCCGAGAUGUGAGGGCACCUCUGGCAGAGAUCCUUGCGAAUAAACGCUGCUUUUCUGCAGGACUAAA